AUGUGAUUGAUUUUCUCUCUUCAAGAUCGGGAAUUACUUGAUAGCUGAUCAAACCUUGCCGUAUAUAUAUAACAACCCCUUCAAUUAACUUGUUCAUUGAAGUCAAUCGUGCUCAAGAUAAUGAGUUCGUUCGAGAAACUGCACAGUGAUGCCAUGGGAGGAAAGUGGUCAGAAGCAUUUGAAAGAUGCAAGCAAGACAGGGCGCUUUGGACAGCCAAGAUAACAGGGAUGGGAGACACAGUAUUACACAUGGCUGUGUCUAGUGGGGAAGAGAAGGUGGCGGCAAACAUGGUUAAAUUCUUAGUUGAACAAGAUGAUGAGGAAACGUGGAACAUGAACACCGUUCUUGGUGCUAAAAAUGAUAGAAAAAACACUCCUUUACACUUAGCAGCAAUAGAGGGGUAUAUUAGAAUGUGCAGGAAGAUCGGUGAAGCGGAUCCCUCUUUAAUUGCUCGCCGUAACAUCGCCGGCGAGACACCCCUUUUCCUAGCGGCUCUCAAUGGCCACAAAAAAGCUUUUCUUUGGCUUCAUUAUCUGUAUGUGGGAAGCCAUGGUGUUUCUUCAACUGGCUUUGCUCACUGUAUAAGGGACAACGAAGAUACCAUUCUUCAUUGUGCAGUUGCAGAAGGGCAUGCUGAUGUGGCAAUCGAAAUAGUUCACCUUUAUAAAGAUUAUUUGAACGAGAUGAUGCAGCGCAAUAAAAAAGGGUUGUCUCCACUUCAUCUCCUAGCAUCGAAACGUAGGGCUUUCAAAAGUACUAGCCUCCGUGAACUACCAAUCCUUGCUGGUCCAAUUUAUCGGUUGUGGAAAGUUAAUGAGAAGAAUCAGGCCACGACGCUUGAAGAAUUGCAAGCCAUGAAAGACAAAAAAAAUUAUAAAGGAAAAAGCAUUUUGGUCAGAUUUAGGAGGUACAUCGUAUUUACCCUCGUGGGGGUCCCCGCGGCAUUCCUGCAGUUAACAUGCUCUGACGCAGGUAGGGCAUAUGCAAGAGCGCACAUUUAA